AUGCACAAAACGGCUAACACGAUCAAGGGCUCCGGAGGAGGGCCACAGGAAUCAAAUGUCACAGCAUUUCUGGUACGAUCUGUUGCCGAGAAAUGGUCUAAAGGUUCAAUUGUCGCCGUCGAUGCUGGCGUCCAUCUCUCUGCCAUCACCCGCUUGAUACAGGACGCUUACCCGUCACCACCACCCACCGACUUACCCUUCACACUCACCACUGGUGCCUUUGCUGGGCUGGAGUUGCCACAUGCGUCUGUAAACGCCAAUGCCGCUCACGUAACGCGAUCCUUGGUCGAUACCUAUCUCAUAACGCAUCCUCACCUUGACCACAUCUCAGGAUUCGUGGUCAACACGGCAGGCUUACCAGGCACACGACCCAAGAAGCUGGCCGGAUUGCCCAGUACCAUUCAAGCGUUCAAGAAUCACAUUUUCAACAAUGUUAUUUGGCCUAACCUCAGUGAUGAGAACAAUGGCGCAGGCUUGCUCACCUAUCUAAGGCUGGUUGAAGGAGGAAGCCCGGCGCUCGGAGAUGGCGAAGGAAGGGGAUAUAUGGAAGUGUGUAACGGCCUCCUAGUUAAGACCUGGAGUGUCAGCCACGGCCACUGCAUUGAGAAACACCCUCAUCGCGGUUCAGCAUCGAGUGCGUCAACCCGGUUUGGCAGCCAUGACGCAUCGUCGCAAACGCCGAGACGGGACCUUCUUAACCAUACAUCGCUGCAACCAACACCGAGAACGACGGGUUUGCUCAGCCAGGCUGCAUUUUCAGCUGCAUCAUCACCACAAUUCGGGAGCGGCGGCGAACAGGAUAAAUUUUGUGUCUACGACUCCAGUGCUUACUUUAUACGGGACCAAGCGCAUCGUCGCGAAGUCCUCAUUUUUGGAGAUGUUGAGCCGGACAGCAUCUCGCUUAGUCCGCGAAAUCUAUACGUCUGGCAAGAAGCCGCACCGAGAAUAGCAUCUGGAAUGCUGGCUGCAAUUUUCAUCGAGUGUUCAUACGAGGAUUCACAAAGCAAUGACCGGCUCUUCGGACACCUGAAGCCCUGCUUCAUUAUAGACGAGUUGCAGGCGUUGGCGAGCGAGGUUGAAAUGUGCCGCAAGCUUAAGAAUUUCGAUUCCAAGAAGCGGAAGCGUAUGAGCAUUGACGACAGCAUGAAUCACCGACGAAACCUCUCAAGGAAACAAAGCUCAGUUCUAGAUGACCCUGUGUCGCCAAAAUCCGUCAAACCGCCGCUUCUCAGACAAGCAACAACGCCAGACCAUGUCGAUACACCACAUCUCGCGACGCCAACCGACGAACUGACGCUGCAUGAUGUUGAGCCGCUGGGUCCUAUGAUAGAACGGAAGCCACUGGAGGGCCUGAAGGUUAUCAUCAUCCACGUCAAGGAGCGACUAGAAGAUGGACCGCCAGUCGGGGACAUUAUAUUCCAGCAGUUACAGGAACAUGAGAAGGAGGUCAAUCUGGGGUGUGAAUUUAUCAUUUCCAAAUCGGGGAUGAGUUUCUAUUUCUAG